GCAAAAACUGAAGAAGCAAGAUAAUGGCAUCAAUUCUCAGGUCAGUGGCAACGACUUCAGCCGUCGUAGCCGCCGCCUCUGCGAUUCCCAUCGCGAUCGCCUUCUCUUCUUCUUCUUCUUCUUCCUCUACCAACCCCAAAUCUCAAUCUCUCAAUUUCUCCUUCCUCUCCCGAUCGUCUCCACGUCUCUUGGGACUUUCACGAAGCUUCGUUAGCUCUCCGAUGGCGACUGCUCUCACUUCUGAUCGUAAUCUCCAUCAGGAGGAUCGAGCCAUGCCUCAGCUUCUUGUAAGUCUUUCUCGUAAUCCUGUAUCUUUAUACAACAAUUUUUGGAUUUGAGCUAGUGAGAACUUGUGUUGUGUGUUCCAGACUGAGUUUAUGGUGGAUAUGACAUGUGAGGGUUGUGUUAAUGCUGUGAAGAACAAAUUAGAAACCAUUGAAGGUAUUGAGAAAGUGGAGGUGGAUUUGUCCAAUCAAGUUGUGAGGAUACUUGGAUCUUCCCCUGUUAAGGCUAUGACUCAAGCUUUGGAGCAAACUGGUCGAAAAGCUCGCUUAAUUGGACAAGGUGUUCCUCAAGAUUUCUUAGUCUCAGCUGCAGUAGCAGAAUUCAAAGGCCCUGACAUUUUCGGGGUAGUCCGAUUUGCUCAGGUCAGUAUGGAACUUGCAAGAAUCGAAGCCAACUUUACCGGUUUGUCACCCGGAACCCACAGCUGGUGUAUCAACGAGUAUGGAGAUCUCACAAACGGAGCAGCCAGCACAGGGAGCUUGUACAAUCCAUUUCAAGAUCAAACUGGCACAGAGCCAUUGGGAGACCUGGGAACACUAGAGGCAGACAAAAACGGAGAGGCCUUUUAUUCGGGAAAGAAAGAGAAACUCAAGGUUGCAGACCUUAUCGGGAGAGCCGUCGUGGUGUACAAGACCGAUGAUAAUAAGUCAGGCCCCGGAUUGACCGCCGCAGUGAUUGCUAGAAGCGCAGGGGUUGGAGAAAACUACAAAAAACUUUGUUCUUGUGAUGGUACUGUCAUAUGGGAAGCUACAAACAGCGAUUUCGUGGCCAGUAAGGUUUAAUAACAAGUCAACAACCAUACAUUUUAUAAAACGUUACGUUUUUUAGUGAUUGAGAACUUGUUUUGUAUCAAAACUUGAGGUUUAUAUUGAAACAACACAAGCUUUUUGUUUUGUACCAAAACUCUCUGUACUUUCAAUUGCGUAACUAAUGUUGAGCCCCUAUCAGAAUUUGAUCACUAUACUAUA